AUGGAUCACGCGCACAUGGACCAUUCCAAGAUGGACCACUCCGCCAUGGACCACGGCAGCAUGGAAGGACACGGCAGCAUGGGCGGUGGCAUGGGCGACCGGUGCAGCAUGAACAUGCUCUUCACCUGGGAAACCAAGAACCUCUGCAUCGUCUUCCGCCAGUGGCACGUCCGCUCCACCAGCGGCCUCGUCAUCUCCCUCCUCCUCGUCGUUGCCCUCGCCGCCGGUUACGAGGCCCUCCGCGCCGCCUCACGCCGCUACGAAAACUCCGUGACCAAGCGCGUCGAGUCCCUUCCGAGCGUCGCUGGAACCGUUACUGAGACAACCCCUUUCCUGUGGACAGGACGAGAACAGGUAGAGGCUAGCAGGAGCGCCCACCUCGUCAAGGCCGCCCUCUACGCCGCCCAAAACUUCUACGCCUUCAUGCUCAUGCUCGUCUUCAUGACAUACAACGGCUGGGUCAUGGUCGCCGUCGCCCUCGGCGCGUUCGUGGGCUACGUCGCGUUCGGGAGCUCGACCUCGUCAACCAAGGAUAACGCCUGCCAUUGA